AUGGUGAUGGUGAUGGUGAUGGUGAUGGUGAUGGUGAUGGUGAUUGUAAUGGUGAUGAUGAUGAUGAUGUUGCUGGAUAAGGUGGUAGUGAUGGUGAUGGUGUUGGUGAUGGUGUUGGAUAAGAAGAUCUUGAUGGUGAUGGUGAUGUUGAUGGUGAUGGUGAUGGGGUUGGAGAAGGUGUUAUUGAUGCUGAUGGUGCUAGUGAUGGUGAUGGUAAUGGUGAUGCUGUUGGAUAAGAAGAUAAUGAUCGCGAUGGUCAAGUUGAUAGUGCUGGGUAAGGUGAUAUUGAUGUUGAAGGUGAUGGUGAUGGAUAUGGUGAUGGUGAUGGUGGUGGACAAGGUGAUAGUCAUGGUGACAUGA